GAACCCACGCCACAGCAGUCACCAGAGCCAGACCCGCUGAGCCACCAGGGAGCUCUGCUCCUGUCUUAUUCUUUUCUGAUCACGAAAGAAACACACAUUCACGUAGCAUAGGAACGUCUAAGUCAGAAAGUUCCUCCAGAGAUAACAGCUAUCAGGUUGGAUGUGAAUUCUUCCAGAUCUUUCCACCAUAAAUAUGAUCAUAUACUAGCAUUUCCAUAAGGAGGUUCAUAAGAUGGUUCUGGGACGUCCUUCUAUUGCACGUGACAUCAGGGACUUCCAUGCAGACGCCUAUUUCAACUUCAUUGGUUUCCCCUGCCUCCCUUAACCCAGAGGUGUUUGGUCUUUGGGAGCCCGCAGCCCCUUGGGGGGCGGGAUGAAGGACAAGAGUACGAAAGCACGUCGCCCAAACACCUGAGCCUUCCUGACUCGGUCUUACCCCUUCAGCCUGUGCGCGGCGGCCGGGGGAGGUUAAGGAUCACUGAACCGGGUCCAGGAGGCUGGAAGGCCUGUGAACAUGGCUUUCUCGUCAUGGGGUGACCCACGGCUGGGGAGCCUCAGUCAGAGGGGUCCUGGGUCACUGCCCCCAUUGUGAGACCCAUCCGUGGGCUCCUCCCCAGGCCAGGGGCCCCUCCUCUCCAGCAUCCUCACCGCCAUCAGCUGACUCCAGCAGGGGCCAAACCCCUGGGCAACGCCAAGAGCCUCCCAGCCUCAAACGGGUUGGGUGACAUUCACUUCCUGGCGCUGUCCUCCGGGCCUGCUCCGUCAUUAGGAAAUCAGUGACAGCCGCGGGACGACGAGCCACCCGCCCAGCACCUCUGGUGGCUCAGACCUGCUCCACGGAGGCCCCGGGCGGACAGGCGGAUGCUGCUGGCCCUGGUCCCAGCCAAGACACAUCCUCCAGGGAUGACAAUCUGCCUUCGCAGAGGUUAAUCAGAAGUCCUCUCGCUGUCUCGGGCGGGCCUCUGAGAAGAAUCUGAGGAAUGACCGAGCCGUGGUGGGCGGCGGAAUGAGCUCAUGGCUCCCUGACUUGACGACAAGGCGGGCCGGCGGGCACCUGGACGCCUGCGGCCCCGGGCUCCGAGCGCCAUGUCCGAGGGGGAGAGCAAGGACAGCUCGGGCAGCGAGUGCCCCGUGUGCUACGAGAGGCUUCGCGACCUGGAGGGCGCCGGGCGCACGCUGAGCUGCGGCCACGUGUUCUGCCAUGACUGCCUGGUCAAGUACCUCCUGUCCACCUGCGUGGACGGGCAGGUCCAGAGGACCAUCGUCUGCCCCGUCUGCCGCUACGUCACCUUCCUCAGCAAGAAGAGCUCCCGCUGGCCCUCCAAGCUGGACAAGAGCUCCCAGACCCUGGCCGUGCCCGUGGGCCUGCCCCCUGGGCCGCCACCGGCCACCCUGGGCCACGCCACCCCCCCAGCCACCUCCCCGCCUGCCUGGGGGCCGUCCCCGAGCCAGAGCGGCCAGCUGCCCGUGGACCUGCCGCCCGGGCUGCCCCGGGAGCCGCAGAUCUUCGUCAUCAGCCGCCACGGGAUGCCCCUGGGGGAGCAGGACAGCGUCCUGCCGCGGCGCAGCCUGGCCGAGGUCUCGGAGGCCUCCCCGGCGCCCAGCUCCACCCGGUCCUUCUGCUGCCGCUCCCGGGCCCUGCUGCUCAUCACCCUCAUCGCUGUGGUGGCCGUGGUGGCCGCCAUCCUGCCCUGGGUGCUGCUGGUGAGGAAGCAGGUGUGAGAGAGGGCACCUGCAGGGGCUGCCGAGCCCGUUCAGAGGCCGCGCUCACGCGGCCGGGCUGGCCAUGGCCGUGGCAGGCGGGAGGCCCACUGGCAUCUACCCUUGGGCGGGGGGCAGCUCAGGCAGGGCAGGGAGGCAGGAUAUCUGAGGCCAGAGCUGGGCUGAGCCUGGGCUCUGGGCUGAAACGGAAAGUCCAGGUUCCAGGCCAGGGAGGGACGUGUGACGGGCGCCUCUGCCAAGAAGCAAGGGCGGCAGCGACCCCUCGGCAGAUGCUCUCCGCGCUCUCUGUGCUGGAACCAGCCAGGUGGGCAGGUGGGCUCAGCGGCUGGGAGGAGAGGUCCUUAUCUGCCAGGUGACCUCCCUGAGGCCAGGUGGGGUUCCGUGUGGGGGACAAGGAACUUCUGCUGGCACAUCUUGCUGGAUGGGGGCACAAUGGCAGGACCCCUCCAGGUCAGAAUCCACCCCCCCGGCCCCAGUCCUCUGGCUCCCUCCCAGGGACAGACAGAAAAGGUGGCAUGGGACCGAGAAUCUCAGCCCCCCUCCGUGAUCCUCAGCGCCAGGCCAGCGGGCACCCCCCCACGCCCAAUCACCAGCCUGGAAGGUCUUCCCUGAGGGGGAAGCUGACCUCAGGGGUGGCAGGCAGCCCUGGGGAAGGAACAGCAAAGGGGGGCUGAGGCCACACCAGGAGUCGGGGGUUUGCUGACAGAGGCCAGCAGAACGGCCCGCCUAACAGAGCCCAAGGGCUCCCCAAGCCUCCCAGGGGGUUUCAAGGACAGCCCAGAGGGCGGCGAGGGCAGAGGAAGCCUGGUGGCCAGGACCUGCGUCAGCCGAGAACUAUGCGGGUGGUGAACCCCUGGGGGCUCCCGCCUCCCUGCCAGCCCAGGUCCUCCUCCUCCCAGGGACCAACCACUCAUUAGAGGCCACACCAGCCGGGCCAGUUUCCGAGGUGGAUUCCCCGGCUGAGCUGGGCGAGGAGGGUGGGGAGGAAGACAGCUGUGCCCGACAGGGACACUACUGUCACUUCACCUGGGGACCCCGCCUGUGCUGGGGAUCCCUGCUGAGGACACUAGAAGAACCUCUGGUCGGGGCCUGUCUGGGCAGCAAGCCUUUCAGGAGCAGCUAUUUCCUCCUUAUUAAGGCCCAUUAAGUCAGGGGGCCGACAUCUUAAUUUUAGGGUUAAAAACAGCAAAUCCCUCAAGCCACUCUCUCAAAGAGGUGGGUGUUGGAAGCCCAGGUGUGCCAGCCAUUGGGCCCUGCACGGGCCGAGCCUCUCUCCGCAAAGUCUUCCGUCUGACUUUGACCUCGUUCCUAAGAGCCUGCGGUGCGGGUCACUUGCGGACCAUUAGCGAAGGGUACCCACACCGCAGGUGACACGGGGUCACGGGGGCAGCUGACUGAGAGCACCUGCGGGAUUCUUUAUGCUCUUUUUCCAACGAAAGAAGAACACAGACCCGACUGGGGGAGAUACAGGUGGGCUGGGGGGAAGCAUGUAUUAUACAAAUUACGAUGGAACAUUUACGAAGACUCUAGUGAGUCAGGUUUAACCACAGCUAGGCUGCUUUGAACCUGUGUCAUGAAUUUCUGGGGCCCUGACUUUAGUCUUGUUGGAUUCUGUUGUGUUUGCCAAAAGUUAAUUUCAAAAUACCUGUAGUGUUUCUAGAUUGUUGUUCUGUGGUGACGUGUAGACCCCACUUAUUUUCAAAGAAUGUCAAAAGCUAUUUUUUAAAUAAAGGUAUAUAUUUUCUCAAA